AUGAGUUUAUUUGAAUCAUAUGAAGAAGAAAUUAAACAAUUCUUUAGACAAUUUGAUCAAUCGAUUAACUCUUUUCAAAAUGUAGCUCAAGAACAAAAACGUGGAGAAUUGGAAAAGAUUGAAAAUAUAUUAAACAGUAUCGAAGGAUCAUUGGAGAGUUUGAAUUUGGAAUCCAAUAGAACUGGUAAAUCGACACAACAAUACUUUUCACAAUUCUAUCAAGCUAAAAAGACAUAUCAACAACUAAAGGACAAGUAUCAGAGUGAAAAGAACUACUCUGAUCUACUGGGAUCACCAGCCUACCGUGAUUUCAACAAUAGUGCAUCGAUGACACAACGUGAAAAGGUUGCCAAAUCAAACAAAACCUUGGAACAAGGUAUCAGUAUGAUUAGAAUGGCCAACGAUCAAGUCAACCAAGAUAAAAAGUUGGCAGAAGACACUCUCAAUAAUAUGGCACAACAACGUGAACGUUUGGUUGGUUUUGAAAAGAGAUUCGAUUCUAUCGAUUCAUUAUUGGGACGUGCUCGUAAAACAUUGUCCACCAUGUCAAGACGUGAAAUAGCAAACAAGUUUAUUAUGGCUGGUAUCAUUUUAGUUCUUUUAGUAUCAAUCAUUCUUAUUAUUUGGUUAAAGUUUGUAAGAAACUCUGGUGGUCAUGAUGGUAGUAGUUCUGAUAAUGGAUCAUCAACAACAACUGGUCCAUCCAAUUCAACUACUACGACUACUACUACUACAACUGGGACAACUAUUGGAACAACUACUGGUUCAUCUGCUGAUCCAAACUCAACUACAACUGGAGCUUUAACUCUUUAA